CAAAACCCAUUUUCCAUCAACAAAAAAAAUUGUUGUUUUUUUUUGUUAUAUUGAAGCUAUACACUUUUUUAUUUUAUUUUUUGGUAGUGGAAUAUGGAGAUUGAAUCUGUGAGAUGUGAGUGUUGUGGUUUAAUGGAAGAUUGCACACAAGACUACAUUAGUGAGGUCAAGUCUAACUUCGACAACAAAUGGCUUUGUGGUCUCUGCUCCGAGGCCGUGAGGGACGAAGUGAGUCGCCGGAAGAUGACGACCGUUGAUGAAGCUGUUAGAGCACACGUGUCGUUUUGUGGAAAGUUUAAAGAUAAUCCGGCGGUUCUUGUUGCCGACGGUAUGAGGCAGAUGUUACGGAGGAGAUCCGGCGACUUGACUUCCUCUGCGUCCAAGAAAUUCGGCAGAUCUAACUCCACCAAGCUAUAUUAAUCAUCUCUUUUUUUCUUGCUAAUUAAUUAAAUGUAUAAUAUUUGAUGCUUUUGUGUUUUGUAUUAUGUUUUGUUUAAUGUCAUAAAUGAUGGUUAGUAAUGCUAAAACUAAUCAAUUGAUUAUAUAU